AUGUGUACCGUGGAGAACGGCGGCAAGUUGGGCAGUCGCAAGGGAGUGAAUCUGCCAGGAAUAGCCGUCGAUUUGCCGGCUGUUUCAGAAAAGGACAAGAAAGAUAUAGCCUUUGCAGUUAAACAUGAUCUAGACAUCAUAUUUGCCUCCUUCAUAAGGUCAGCGGACGGCGUAAGAGAAAUUAGGAGCUGUCUUGGUGAGGAAGGUAAACACAUUAAGAUCAUUGCCAAGAUCGAAAACCACGAAGGAGUGUCGAGGAUCGAUGAGAUCAUCGACGAGGCCGAUGGCAUCAUGGUGGCACGUGGCGAUUUGGGCAUCGAAAUUCCUCCUGAAAAGGUGUUUAUCGCCCAGAAGUCGAUAAUCGCUAAGUGCAAUCUGGCCGGCAAACCGGUGAUAUGUGCAACACAGAUGCUCGAGUCGAUGGUGCAGAAACCGCGACCGACGAGGGCUGAGGGAAGCGACGUGGCGAACGCCGUUUUGGACGGCGCAGACUGUGUCAUGCUGUCAGGUGAAACAGCGAAGGGCGCCUACCCUCUGCAAGCGCUGAUCAUGAUGCAUCAGAUUUGUCUACAAGCUGAAUGUGCAGUGUACUACACGAAGUACUUCAAUGAACUGUUAGCUUCGACGCCUAAGCCUACGGACAUUGCGCGCACGGUAGCGAUCGCUACCGCUUCAGCAGCAAUGAGCUGCAAUGCCGCAGCCAUUCUGUUAGUCACCACCACCGGAAAAACCGCUGUCCAGAUUUCCCAGUUUCGGCCUCACUGUCCUAUCAUAGCUGUAGUACGGGACAUUCGAGUGGCUCGUUAUUUGCAUUUGUACUAUGGGGUAUUCCCAGUAAUAACGGGUGCGGAACGACAUCCUGACUGGCCGACCGACGUUGACCAGCGCAUCAACUACGGCAUGAUCCUCGGCAAACGACGCGGAUUCAUUCGACCUGGAGAUAUGCUGGUCGUCGUUACUGGCUGGAAGGCCGGAGCCGGCUUCACGAAUACCUUACGAAUCCAUGUAGCUCCCGAAGACGACGAAAUCUGA